UCUGGCGCAAAUAAUACUUUGGCGCAGUGACCUCUCUUACAGCCAGAGCAAUGUAACAACUAGGGCACAACCAGCUCAAGCACGUUGUUUUAUUGCGUGAGCGGUGGGGAGGCGUGGAUUGUAUUCAGUGUUUGACGUGUAAGACGCAAAGUCAUCUUCAGGCAUACAGUUGCAACGAAGAAGUCCAGACAGUGCUACUGGUGGGGAUACUGAAUUGCUGAUUGGGGUGCCUGUUGCACGUCUUUCGGUGUAUUGGUCAAGGCUAGCGCGUCGCGGCCGGGGAGAUGACGACAGCGGCGCGACCGACGUUCGAGCCCGCGCGCGGCGGCUCGUCGCGCGGCGAGAAGGACCUCUCGGCCAUCAGCAAGCAGUACUCGUCGCGCGACCUUCCGGCGCACACCAAGCUCAAGCAGCGCGAGGCGGGCCAGGGCACCACCGACGAGCUACGCGGCCGCGACUUCCGGCGCGAGCUGGAGGAGCGCGAGCGCCAGGCGCGUGACAAGCGCGGCGACGCGGCGGGCGGCUCGAGCCGCAGGCGCGCCGAGCCGCUGGCGCCGGCCGCGCUCGACGUGGACGACGUGCUGGACGAGGACGAGUCGGACGAGGAGAGCGAUGACGACGAGGCCGAGCUCAUGGCCGAACUGCAGCGCAUUCGCAAGGAGCGCGCCGCCGAGGCGGUGAAGCGGGACGCCGAGCGUAAGCAGGAGGAGGAGCGCAUCCGCAUGGAGAACAUUUUGAGUGGGAACCCGCUGCUCAGCUACAGCGGCGCGGCGGCCAAGGGUGACGCGCGCGUCAAGCGCCGCUGGGAUGACGACGUCGUGUUCAAGAACUGCGCUCGCGCCGAGCCCGAGCGCAAACAGCCGCGCUUCAUCAACGACGCCCUCAGAAAUGACUUCCACAAAAAGUUUAUGGACAAGUAUGUCAAGUGAUGUGUGAGGGUCGGCUUGUGGCUGCAGUGUGCGACACGUUUGCGCUCUUCGUGAUGGGGUUGGAGAUGGACGUCGGGUUGCGGUUUUCUGCGGACGUUCGUGAAACGAUAACGAGCCGUGUCUUGUCCAAUAGAAAGCCUCUGGAAUGUCAUGCCGCGCUAUGGGCAGUGGGUCAUUUAUGUCGUACUUGAUUUCGGUCCAAUAGAAAGCCUCUGGAAUUUCAUGCCGCGCUAUGGGCAGUGGUUCAUUUAUGUCGUGCUUGAUUUUCGACUGAUGGUGUCAUGGUGUUGCUAGCAACACCUAUGAUAAUGGACCGGCUAUGUGGUGUAGAGUAUUCUACAUAUAUUUGUGGGGGGGGGGGGGGGGGAGCCGAUGUGUGGCUUGUAAAGUUUGUUGGAAAACGCUGUGAAAUUUUUCGCCGUGUGUAGAUAGUAUCAUUUUCAUUGACCAGUCUUUCUGUUUAUCCUUGUUUCUGCGUUUCAACAAACUUUAGUAAAAGGACGAAGCAUGAACAGAAUCGAUAGGUCAAACACCCUGAAGUCUGCAUUUUGACGGCCAUUUUAUGUAUCGGCUGUCAUUGAACGAUAGCAAAGGGUUGUAAUGUAUAGAGGUGCAAAAUGGUGUGAAACGUGUCGGUAUUUCUUGCCGCGCUUGCCUCGCGCAUGUUUCCGUUGCUUCUCGCAUGUAAACGCCUUUUCAUUUCGCGCAAUAUACUCUGGAACGCCG